CACCGCUGCAGCUGGAAGAGAGAGAGAGAACCAGCGCUGUGAAGGAAAGGAAAGAACAGAAAGGGAAAAGACGGGAUAGAGGGUGCCCCAUCCAUCUAUCCAUCCAACUGAACUUUCCUGCAGGACUUUAUGAACUUAUGGCUGCAUGAGAGGCUUCGUUUCCUCAGCUCCCAUCUCUCUCAUGCUUUCUUUCUCCAGGACUUUUGGGUUACUGGUUCUGUCCUGAUAUAAGGCAGUUGACAUAAACAUAUCAGACUCUUUUAUCGAUCCACGCUUUGUGUGGACGGGCGCAGGUGGUCAUGGAUACACCUAUCAGAUGGAAAGUAAAGCGGAGGUUUAAGGAGGUGCGGCUGUCGCUACUCCUAAUAUUCUUUUUCACCUCCCAAGCCAGCACAGCUGAGCCAGCUGAUCUCCUAAAGAUUUUAGAUUUUCACAGUUUGCCGGACGGUGUUACAAAAACGACAGGAUUCUGCUCACACAGGAAGUCGUCAAAUGGGCCUGAUGUCGCCUACAGAGUUACAAAAGAUGCACAGCUUAGCGCUCCUACUAAACAACUCUACCCCUCAUCCGUGUUUCCUGAGGACUUCUCCAUACUGGUGACGGUGAGGCCUAAAAAAGGCAGUCAGUCCUUCCUGCUGUCAGUGUAUAAUGAACAGGGCAUCCAGCAGCUCGGUCUGGAGGUGGGACGCUCUCCUGUCUUCCUGUAUGAGGACCACCAGGGAAAACCCGGUCCAGAGGACUACCCGCUCUUCAGAGGGGUCAACCUGGCAGACGGAAAGUGGCACCGUGUGGCGAUCAGCGUUCACAAGCAGAGCAUCACUCUGAUUUUGGACUGUAAGAAGAAAAUCACACGGACGCUGUCCAGAAGCCCUCACCCCAUCAUCGACACUAAAGGGAUCGUGGUGUUCGGAACGCGUAUCCUGGACGAGGAGGUGUUUGAGGGUGAUAUCCAGCAGCUGAUGAUUGUAUCCGACCACCGAGCUGCUUUAGACUACUGUGAGCACUACAGCCCUGACUGUGAUGUUCCUGCACCAGAACAGCCCCAGAACCAAGACCCAAACACUGAUGAAUAUAACACAGAGGAUGACAACUACUAUUAUGAAUAUCCCUACUAUGAGGACAUGGACUCAGACAAGACAGAGGCAAUGACAACCGAUGAAGCAACUGGAACGGAAACAGAAGACCUGACGGUGCCUGUUCCUGAUAGCAGUCGCGUAGUUACCUCGGUUAUCUCUGGUGGAACAGGAAGUUCCAGCAGCUCGUCCAGUCAGUCUUCCUCUUCCUCAUCUUCUUCCUCUUCUUCUUCCACAUCGACUACGGCAACCGGUGAGGACUCAUACAACGACUAUGACGAUCCUGGAUAUGACACAUACUAUGACGAGUCAACCUCACGGCCCGACAGCUCUCGGACCAUCACGAUCACUAGCACCAGUACAGGCACUGGAGGAGAGGUAGACAUGGGACUAGAUGGUGAGGUGGAUAUUGGACUGGGAGAAGAACUGGACAGGAGAAUCAUCACAUCUGGAGGAGGAGGAAGUGGAAGAGUGCACACAAGUGUCACAAUCACCCAUAACGGAACCUCAGGAUCCGGAUCCGAAUCCGAAUCCGGAUCCAGCUCCAGCUCUAGUUCUAGUUCUAGCUCUAGUUCUAGUUCUAGUUCUAGCUCUGGUUCCAGUACCAUUACCAGCUCAAGCUCUACCUCUACAUCGGCUGGCGGUUAUGAGGAUAACCAGUACGGCGAGGGUUAUGAUCUGACCUAUGGUGAGGGAUACAGCGAAGGAUACGGUGAGGGAUAUGGUGAGGGAGAUUACACCGUGGGUGGAGGUGGCAGCAGCAGCAGCAGCACCAGCAAUUCUGUGUCCGUAGGGGGCGGGUCUGUUUCUGUCGGAGGUGGAUCUGUAUCGGUAGGGGGUGGAUCUGUUUCGACUAGUGGUUCAGCGGGAGUAGGGGGCGGAUCCGCCAGUGCUGGGGCCGGUGCAGGGGCGGGGUCUGUUGCAACGGGAGCUGGACAGGGUGGAAUUGGUGGAGAGGCGGAUUCCAUCGAUGUUGACAAGUUCAAAGAGGAGUCCAUCACGGAUUACACUGAUGCUGACCUGGAGAAGAUGUAUGAUUAUGAUGACCUGUACACUGAUGGGGACAAGGCGCUACCUGCAGAGACAGAUGAGAUCUACGGCCAGGUGGAUGGACUCAGAGGAGAGAAAGGCCAGAAAGGAGAGCCAGCCAUCAUUGAACCCGGAAUGUUGGUUGAAGGCCCACCUGGUCCAGAGGGUCCCACAGGUCUCCCUGGCUCUCCAGGUACAACGGGACCCCCAGGUAGCGCCGGAGAGCCCGGUGAGAGGGGUCCUCCUGGUCGCUCUGGUCUUCCUGGAGCUGACGGUCUACCAGGACCUCCAGGGACUGUCCUCAUGUUGCCUUUCCGGAUGAGUACAGGAGGAGACGGUGGACAAAAAGGUCCUGCUGUGUCCGCUCAGGAGGCUCAGAUGCAAGCUAUCAUGCAGCAGGCCAGACUGGCAAUGAGGGGUCCAACCGGACCAAUGGGACUUACAGGCCGCCCUGGACCUCUGGGUCCUCCUGGUGUGGCUGGACUGAAAGGAGAGUCUGGAGAGGCCGGGCCUCAGGGUCCCCGUGGUCCAAUGGGAUCCGCGGGCCCUCCUGGCAAGCCUGGUAGAAGGGGUCGGCCUGGAUCUGAUGGAGCCAGAGGGAUGCCGGGACAGACCGGACCAAAGGGUGACAGAGGAUUUGACGGUCUCGCUGGCUUGCCUGGUGAAAAGGGACACAGGGGCGAGACGGGCCCUCAGGGACCACCCGGGCCCCCUGGAGAGGAUGGAGAGAGAGGCGAUGAUGGUGAGGUCGGACCCAGGGGUCUGCCCGGAGAACCGGGUCCUCGUGGUUUGCUAGGCCCCAAAGGUCCCCAGGGGCCCCCGGGAUCUCCUGGUGUGACUGGAAUGGACGGACAUCCAGGACCUAAAGGAAACAUUGGGCCUCAAGGUGAGCCAGGUCCUCCUGGACAACAAGGCAACCCCGGAGCUCAGGGACUUCCAGGUCCUCAGGGAGCGAUUGGACCUCCAGGAGAGAAGGGUCCCACUGGAAAGCCAGGCUUACCGGGAAUGCCAGGAGCCGAUGGACCGCCGGGUCACCCUGGAAAAGAAGGGCCAGCAGGAGAGAAAGGGAAUUUGGGGCCCCCAGGUGCUCAGGGGCCGAUCGGAUAUCCUGGGCCUAGAGGUGUAAAGGGUGCUGAUGGAGUCCGUGGGCUUAAAGGAAACAAGGGUGAAAAGGGAGAAGAUGGAUUUCCUGGAUUUAAGGGAGAUAUGGGCAUCAAAGGGGACCGGGGAGAACUUGGUCCUGCUGGCCCCAGAGGUGAGGACGGACCCGAGGGACCUAAAGGACGAUCCGGUCUCUCUGGAGACCCUGGACCACUUGGGCCGUCAGGAGAGAAGGGUAAGCUUGGUGUGCCCGGGUUGCCAGGUUACCCAGGAAGACAAGGCCCCAAGGGCUCUCAAGGAUUCCAGGGAUUCCAAGGAGCCAGUGGAGAGAAAGGCACAAGGGGGACAUCAGGGAAGCCCGGCCCUCGGGGACAGAGAGGACCGACGGGGCCCCGUGGAGAAAGAGGGCCAAGGGGGCCCACAGGAAAAGCAGGACCAAAGGGCAACUCAGGAAGUGAUGGCCCCCCAGGACCACCCGGUGAACGGGGUCUGAUGGGACCCCAAGGACCAACUGGAUUCCCCGGCCCUAAGGGUCCACCUGGACCUGCCGGAAAGGACGGACUACCCGGACACCCUGGACAGAGAGGAGACACUGGUUUCCAAGGCAAAACUGGACCUCCCGGACCUCCAGGUGUUGUCGGACCUCAGGGACCAACAGGUGAGACGGGACCAAUGGGAGAGCGAGGUCACCCUGGACCCCCAGGACCACCCGGUGAUCAGGGUGUAAACGGACCAGCAGGCAAAGAGGGCGCAAAGGGAGAUCCAGGUCCAGCCGGCCCCACAGGUAAAGACGGACCACCAGGAUUGAGAGGUUUCCCUGGCGAUAGAGGUUUACCAGGCCCUGUGGGCUCAGCAGGUUUGAAAGGGAAUGAAGGGCCUCCUGGACCACCCGGGCCUGCUGGUUCUCCUGGUGAACGUGGUCCGGCAGGCCCAGCAGGUCCCACUGGCCUCCCGGGCCGACCCGGACCUCAGGGACCCCCAGGCCCCGCUGGAGAGAAAGGUGGACCUGGUGAGAAAGGACCUCAAGGCCCAGCUGGUAGAGAUGGUAUUCAGGGACCUGUUGGACUUCCAGGCCCAGCUGGACCCAUUGGACCUCCGGGAGAGGAUGGUGAUAAGGGAGAGAUUGGCGAGCCGGGACAGAAGGGAAGCAAAGGUGACAAGGGUGAACAGGGUCCUCCAGGGCCAAACGGACCCCAGGGCCCCGUGGGUCAGCCCGGUCCUCCUGGUGCAGAUGGAGAGCCAGGUCCCAGAGGUCAGCAGGGACUAUUUGGACAGAAGGGAGAUGAGGGGGCACGAGGGUUCCCUGGACCACCAGGGCCUGUCGGCCUUCAGGGCUUGCCUGGACCACCCGGUGAGAAAGGAGAGACUGGUGACGUCGGUCAGAUGGGUCCCCCUGGUCCACCUGGCCCCAGAGGCCCCUCUGGACCACCAGGAGCUGACGGAACACAGGGCCCACCAGGAGGUAUCGGAAACCCUGGAGCAGUGGGCGAGAAGGGUGAUGCUGGUGAAGCAGGAGAACCAGGUCCACAGGGAGAUGUAGGCCCUACGGGUCCAAGAGGAGAGAGGGGUGAGAAAGGAGAAGCUGGGCCUGCUGGGGCUGCUGGUCCCCCCGGUCCAAAAGGACCACCAGGAGAUGAUGGUCCUAAAGGAAGUCCUGGUCCAAGCGGUUUCCCCGGUGAUCCUGGUCCUCCUGGCGAGCCUGGGCCUUCUGGUUUAGAUGGUGCUCCUGGUGAUAAGGGUGAUGACGGAGAGCCUGGUCAACCAGGUUCCCCUGGACCUACUGGUGAAACUGGCCCCACUGGUCCUCCAGGAAAGAGAGGACCUCAUGGACCCGCUGGACCUGAAGGAAGACAGGGAGAGAAGGGUGCCAAGGGUGAACCUGGUCUCGAAGGUCCACCUGGCAAGACAGGUCCAGUUGGCCCUCAGGGAGCCCCUGGAAAGCCUGGUCCUGAAGGUUUGAGAGGAGUUUCUGGUCCGGUGGGAGAACAAGGACUGCCUGGUACCCCUGGACCUGAUGGACCACCUGGACCAAUGGGUCCUCCUGGACUUCCUGGUCUGAAGGGAGAUACUGGUAUUAAAGGUGAAAAGGGUCACCCUGGUCUGAUUGGACUGAUUGGACCUCCAGGAGAACAGGGCGAGAAGGGUGACAGAGGACUGCCGGGUCCACAGGGAGCUUCAGGACCUAAAGGAGACACCGGUAUUGCUGGACCUUCUGGACCUCUUGGGCCCAUUGGACCUCCUGGACUUCCGGGUCCCCCUGGUCCUAAAGGUGCAAAAGGAUCAUCUGGUCAGACUGGCCCGAAGGGAGAAGCCGGACAAACGGGACCACCUGGACCUCCAGGUCCACCCGGUGAUGUCAUCCACCCUCUGCCUAUGCAGUCCAGCCCGAAACGGGCAAAGAGGAACAUUGAUGCCAGUCAACUGAUGGACGAUGCUGGAGAUGCCAACUAUAAAGACUAUGAGGAUGGCAUGGAGGAGAUCUUCGGCUCUCUGAACUCUCUCAAACUAGAGAUUGAACAGAUGAAAAACCCGUUGGGCACACAGAGCAACCCCGCCCGCACCUGCAAAGACCUACAGCUGUGCCACCCUGACUUCCCAGAUGGUGAAUACUGGAUCGACCCGAACCAGGGCUGCUCCAGAGACUCAUUUAAAGUGUACUGUAACUUCACAGCUGGUGGAGAGAGCUGCAUCUUCCCUGAUAAAAAGAGCGAAGGGAGCAAAAUGGCUCGCUGGCCCAAAGACAGUCCAGGCACAUGGUAUAGUCACUACAAGAGAGGGUCAAUGCUCUCGUACGUGGAUGCAGAGGGCAACCCGAUCGGAGUGGUCCAGAUGACGUUCCUGCGUUUACUCAGUGCCACUGCUCGGCAGAACCUUACCUACAACUGUUACCAGUCUGUUGCUUGGCACGACCAGGAUCUGGACUCUUACGAUAAAGCCAUUCGUUUCCUGGGCUCCAACGAUGAAGAGAUGUCUUACGAUAACAACCCGUACAUCAGAGCCGCUGUCGAUGGCUGUGCGUUUAAAAAGGGAUAUGAAAAGACUAUUCUUGAGAUCAACACACCGAAAGUGGAGCAGGUACCAUUUGUUGACAUUAUGUUCAACGAUUUUGGUGGAGCGACACAGAAGUUCGGCUUUGAGGUCGGACCGGCCUGUUUCAUCGGCUAAGACUGCUCGCCGAGCACACGUAUUCAUUUUCUCCAAAACAAAACACAAGAAAGAAAUAGGGCAACUUAUUUGUAUAGUUUUGUGUUUCCAAAAAAACCCAACAGAUAUCAAAAUUUGAAGAGAAGAAAGAAUGGAUGUCUAAGCAAUGGGUUAUUAUAAAAAAGAGCAACAUUUUUUUUUUAAAGUGUACUCUCUGUAUCACAUGCAAGUUUUGAAACUGGAUGAGGUCAUCACUCAUGUUUCCAGCUCUGCCCACCUUAUGCUUGUCUCUUCACCCCACCCCCAUAAAGGUGCUGUUCCCGGACUCCUCAUAUAGUGCAAUGUACGGUUCAGUAUUUCUUGUACGAGAAAUUUUCAUUUGUUUGUUUUUAAUGUUGCUCCCCCUUUUCACUCUUACUUCCAAGCUUUGUUUUUUGUGCAUACUUGUCUUCCAUUCCCUGGAAUGGUGAUUAUAUAUAUAAAUAUAUAUAAAUAUUUUUUCUAUGUUUGUAAGUACUUUCUGUAUAUUUUUCUCUGGUGAAGUGUUUUUUUUUUUUUUUUUUGGCUCUGGCUUCAAAACAUGCAUGUGAACCCAUUGAACGAUAAGGACAGAGCUGCUGGUUAUUGGAAACAUGAAAAAAAGAAAAUAAUAAUAAUAAUAAUAAUAAUAAUAUCCCCAAAUAAACGUGAGCCUGAGGAAAUUUUUCACGAGUCUGAAACAAACAAAACAAAAUAAUUUUUUUAAAGAACAAAGAAAAAGCAACUGCAACAAUUAAAUGGUGUCUUAUUGCAGAUGUGAAGAAUGUCUUGUAAUUUAAACAAUGAAAUGACAAUAAAAGUAAAACAGCACACAGCCAUUAUAUGAGCAUUGAUUUGCUUGUUUUUGUGGGUCCUUGUGAACGUGACCCGCUUGUACGAGGCGAAUCUGAUCAUGGAAUUAUGACUUUUAUUUUACAUUAAUGAAAACUGUACUCGCCUCUAGAGAGACCAUCACACUGAGGAAACACAAUAUCGGUAAACUAGGUGCUAUUUCCUUCUGUCUGUGGUGCUACAAAUAUAUACCGUUGUUUCCUUUUAUUGUUCGUUUUAAUUGAAAAUGGCUCUGCGGUGUUGCCUAAGCAAUUUCACACUUUCUGUCAAAGUCUUAGCUUUGCUUCCUGUGGGUAAAAUGUCUGAGGUGGGGAAGUAUUUUUAUGCAUGCUGUAAAAUCAUAUUCAUUUGUAGAUGAAAAUGUUUUUUUCUUCUGUUAUCAUUCCUCCGAUCAAUUUUUUUUUCCACAUUUAACAUUGUCCAGAAACUAAUUGUAAUGAGUAUUGCAUAUGUGGAUAAUUUAUGUACUUUUAUGGUCAGCCAAAGUGUUUAGUUUACACUUUGCAUUACAAUGUUCAGAUUGCACAUGAUAUAGUUUUACUUCUAGAGUAAUUAACAGCAUCAUUUGUAAUUAUUAGAUGGAGCCACUUGUACACAGUUAACGUUAAAGCUAUUGUAAUUAAACAUAAUAACAUAUAUUAUGUGUAAGAUGAAUUCUGUAAUGUAAAUUGUUACCUUAGUUUAUUUACAACAUAACUGAGAGCAUUUUAUUAUUUGUAUUUUUUACAUUUCCUGCAUGGAAAUGAGAGUAAUGAAACUUUUAAAAUACUUCAACUAUUGACAGUUCAAAUAGCUUUGGAAAAUUGGUUUGGGACAUUAAUUAGAUAUAUUUUGGAGGGUUCUGUGUUCUUAACCAAUGGCUUACCAAACGCAUAUGCAGAAGAAUUCAUAGUUAACUUUCAGCUGUCCUUCCAAAGAUAUUUCUCAGAUGUAGUUUUUAAUUUAAGACGGUUCUUCAAUUAUGUUGUAGAUCAAAAACUUUUCUAGAUACUUUUGCAUUGCAUUUGCGCAUGAAGACUUCCAGUUCAAUAGAGCCAUCUUAAUCAUCUAUCUAGAGUUUUCAGCAUCUUUUGCCACUAGGAAUUUCUCUUAUGCACUCUUUAUCUAGCUUUAAACCACUACACCUGCUACUGCGAAAUCUUGCUGUCCAAUUUUUAAGUAUGACUUGAACUGUCUUUAAAGGUGAUUCAAAAUACAGAUGGAAUAUCACAUUUCUAUCAAUACAAAACAACACACACAUUUUUCUGUACAUUUCAAAACCAGCAGUAAUGCUGCCAAUAGUUUAUUCUGUUUUGUUUUUGUCUUUGUAAUGUUUGUUUGUUUGUGCAUUUUGCAGUCUUGUCAAACCUGUGUACGAGCAGAUAGAAGAGAUAAUGUUUUUGUGUGUGUGUGUGUGUGUGUGUGUGUGUGUCAAUAAAUUCAAGUUUACUGUGUCCACCCACACUUGUAUGUCUUUUGAAGCAUUAAAACAUUUCUGUAUGCAUGAAAUUGUUAAGCUCUUUCUCUUAAUGUUUCUUCCCCCAGUUUGAUUUGAUGCCAGAUCCACAUUUUUAUCACCAGUAUUGAUAUCUACUUUUCAAGUGCUCAGAUGAAAAUAGGCCUGUCCUUCAUUGUGAAAUGGAGAGAAAGCAAUGAUUGUUGUAACUCUUUACCAAAGCCGAUGUUCCUUUGUAGUAUAUUUAUUGUAUUAUUUAAAAAUAAUAAAUGUUAAUUGAUA